CGCACAGAUUGAAGCCGGGGAGCUUUCAGUGCGUGCGUUGACUGAGAGGCUCGGGCACAGUCUGGAGCUUGCGCUCGUACGCACCAUGAGAGUCUUGCUAGUCGUCGUGAGUGUAUGCUUCGUUGGCAGCUAUGCGGAUUACGCGGACGACAUCAGAAAGCUCCAAGAAGAGACGAAGAGGAUAGAGGAGUACAGGAGGCCCUGUCUCAAGGAGGUCGGCCUCUACGCAGAUCCGGCUAACGGAAUCACCAGCCAGCCAGCGAGUAGUCCCACGAUAGGCCAGAUCUUCUGUCUGUGGGCCUGUCUCUAUCGCAAGAAUGGAUCCAUAAGACCGGAUGGCUCCGUGGACGAGGCAGCCGUCCGCUCUAAAAAUCCCGAGCUCGAGGGCCCGCUGGACGUGAUAAUAAGCAAGUGCGAGAAUCAAGCUGGGGAAAAUACUUGCAAGCUCGCUGGCUGUCUAGCGAAAGCUCAUUUUAAUCUGUUAGAGUAGAGACUUUGUAUAAAAAAAAAAUAAAAGGUUUGUAAUGAUAA